AAUCAUCAAUGACUUCUAUCAAUCAAUUGAAAGAGAUUAUAGAUGCAGAUAUUAAUGUUUUCUACUCUAAAGAAAAUGCUCAAAGCUCUGAAAAAAUAGAGAAGAAGAAUAAUGAGUAUAAUUAUUAUAACAUAUUGAUUCUUUCUACAUCAGAUUCAAUACUAGA